GGAGUUUAAAAGAGCUUAUAGCCCCCGAGCCGGUGCAGAAGCAGCCGGUGGUUGCAUGGGGUAGCGCCGGGAGCGGCGGCAAGGAAGGCGCCGAAGCCAUCUCAGCACCUUUCCCCUGUGAAGACCCGGGAGUGCACAGCGUCCUUCUGCGGGGACCUCCCCACCGCCACCGACAGCCCUAGCCUCCGCUCGCCUCUGCUUCCCUGCAAGCGUGAAGCCUCCAUCCUCUCCGGCUAUCCUGGCAGCCCUUCUGCUUUCCUGAGUGCAGGGCCUCUUUCUGUGUGAGUGGUGUUGGAGCUGCUGCCCAGCUGAAGGCUCUGGGAAUUCUGCAGAGACACAACUGGAAGUGGAUGGUGGGGACAAGGUGGCUCAGCACUGAUGCAGAGUGGCAGCACUGCAAGCACACAGAAGUCUGGUGACCAAAGAACUUGUGUUGGUUCUACUGCCUUCAGGAGAAGAAAAUCCCAGAUCUGAGAAGCGAGGGUCGGACGAGCAGCCAGGAGAAUCGCCCAGACGUUUAUGAGAAGUUGGGGACGCCCCAAGGACUCUGGACUGGUGGAGAGGUAAGAGAUGGCUAACCCUGUGCCGUCAGCGUGCUGCGUGGUGCUCGCCGCGGUGGUGGUGGUGUACGCCCAGAGGCACAGCCAGCUGGAGAGCCACACUCAGUACGAGCGGGUAGGUGCAGACGUGACCAUGAAGUGUGGCUCCAUGGACUGGGACGCAGCCGUGACCUGGACAGCCAACGGCACUGACAUCGACGAGUCCCACCUGAACGGCUCCUACCUGGUCCUCAAGAACGUGGACCUGUCCCAGAGCGGCCAGUACUCCUGCUACGAGGGCUCCUCCUGGCACCUCAAAUACCAGACCAACCUGAGGGUGGGAAUGCCCCCGAAGGAGCCAGUGCUGAUGUGCCGGUCCAACAACUACCCGAAGGGUUUCUACUGCAGCUGGCACCUGCCCACUCCCACCUACAUCCCCAACUCCUUCAACAUCUCCGUCAUACACGGCACAAAAGACAUGGUGUGUGAGAAGGAUGCCGUUCCCAAAAACAGGUGUCACAUCAGAUACCUCCAGCUCUUCUCGACAGUGAAGUACAAGGUGACGCUGACAGUCACGAAUCCUCUGGGCAAAAACUUCACCACGCUCACCUUUGACGAGUUCGCCAUAGUAAAACCAGACCCUCCGGAGAGUGUGGUGGCCAAACCUGUGCCCAAUAACCCUCGAAGACUGGAGGUGUCAUGGCAAAACCCCUCAUCGUGGCCUGACCCUGAGUCCUUCCCACUGAAGUUCUUCCUGCGGUACCGGCCCCUCAUCCUGGACCAGUGGCAACAUGUUGAGCUGUCGGACGGGACAUCGCACACCAUCACGGACGCUUACGCUGGCAAGGAAUACAUCAUCCAGGUGGCAGCCAAAGACAACGACAUCGGCACGUGGAGUGACUGGAGUGUGGCUGUUCAUGCCACCCCCUGGACAGAGGAGCCCAAGCAUCUCACCACGGAGGCCCAGAUCACAGAGACAACAAGUGCUAGCACCUCCUCUUUCAUGGCACCACCCACAACCAAGAUCUGUGACAAGGGGGCUGUGGUGGGCAGCGGGGCCAUGGCAGUGUGUUGGACAGCUGGACUGGUCGUGGCUGCUUAUAGUGUCCUCUUUAUUUAAUCUCCAUCUGUCCAUCCACCGCCGCCCAGCGCAGCCGCCUCCCCGCCGCCCCCGCCACCCCCGCCCCGCUCCCGGGUCGAGUCUCUUCGCUCUUCGAUUUUGCACACAUUGAGGACGCGCCACGCUUCUCGCCGCCGCUGCGGAGGAGGACAGAGCUUCUGCCGUCCCCUGGAGGGCCGCAAAAUCCCUCUGCCGGCCCGGAGCGAGGAGACAGACGCCCGUCCGUGCCCCUUUCCUCAGCCGAGGGGAGCGAGCCGAGGGUUCCGCUCAUACAGCUAAACCCCCCCACGCCAAAGACGUGCCCGCCGCCCCCGCGGCCGCGCACCGAGAAAAGGGGAUAUGAAAACGGGGGGGUGGUGAGGGGAAUGAUGCUCCAAGCUGUUGUACCCCCUUAUGGCAAAAGGGGGUCCCCCAAGGACUGGACUCGCUCCCCUGAGCUCUCCACCGCGUGGCGAGGCUGGAGGGGUGCACGGAUCGGGGCGGGGAGGGGGGUCGGGUCUUGGUCCCCUCCGAGGGGGUGGUGGAGGGGGAACCUGGUGGCUUUCACAAGUGCGAUGGGGAGCCGGGAGCUGGCGGGGUUUUAAUGGGAUUAAAAAAAAAAAAAAAAAAAAA